AUGACGGGGGGCGACGGCGGCUCCGACAGCGACGAGAGCGAGGAGUCCGGCAAGGGCGGCGGCGGCGGCGCCGCGUCCGCCGCGCCCGCCGUCGAGGGCGCGUACAACGCCAAGGACUACAGCGACCUCAACGUGUCCGCGGACGUGCGCGACCUCUUCCAGUACAUCGGCCGCUACAACGCCCACGAGGUCGAAUUGGAUUCGACGCUCAAGUGCUUCAUCCCCGACUACAUCCCCGCGGUGGGGGAGAUGGACGCGUUCAUCAAGGUGCCGCGGCCCGACGGCGAGCGCGACGAAUUGGGGCUCCAGGUCUUGGACGAGCCCGCGGCGGCCCAGUCCGACGCUACCGUCCUCGAGCUCCAGCUCCGCGCCGUGUCGAAGAAGCAGCACGGCGACGUCGCCAUCCGCUCCAUCGAGCACGCCGCGAAGAACCCGCUCGAGAUCGAGCGCUGGAUCAAGUCCAUCGAGGAUUUGCACCGCUCCAAGCCGCCGCCCCAGGUCAACUACCGCAAGGCCAUGCCCGACAUCGACAAGCUCAUGGAGGAGUGGCCCUCCGAGUUCGAGGACAUGCUCCGCGGCGUCGCGCUCCCGACCGCGGACCUCGAGUGCUCGCUGCCCGAGCUCGCGCGCAUCGCGUGCUCCAUCAUGGACAUCCCCGUCUACGACAACCUCGUCGAGUCGCUCCACGUCCUCUUCUCCGUCUACCUCGAGUUCAGCGACAACGUCCACUUCGCGGCCGCGCGGACCGCGCCGCCGCAGGGCGCGUGA